AUGGCAUGGAAGCUGAAAUUACAACCAACAAAAACGGAAUUGAUACACUAUAGUCCACAUCCAAGGAAGAAAUAUAAAAAUCCAGUAUCAAUUAAAGAAGAAGAUACAACUGUUCGACUACUCGAUUCAACAAGAUAUUUAGGUGUUAUAAUCAACAAAAGACUAAACUGGAGAUGUCAUCUACAUCACAUUGAAUCAAAAAUUGCUGAUCGAAUUAGUGCUUUACGCUAUCGAUCAAUAUCAGCUCCAAAUCCAAAUCCAAAUGGCAAGACCAUGUUAAAUAUCUACAAGGCAAUAACAAGAACAAUUCUAAUAUAUGGAUUUCCGGUUCUACUCACAGCUAAUGAAAAUGUAUGGCAACGUCUUCAGAUUAUUCAAAAUAAAGCAAUUCGUGCUGCUCUAGAACUGCCAAUCUAUACGUCUGUAGAAUACAUCCAUACACUCAGCAAUAUUCUCAAAAUCAAAGAAUAUGCAACAAAAUUACUCUAA